AAUGUCUCGAAGCGAAGCCCUAACAGACGAAGAUCGAUUAGCUUGGCUAAUUACUCUGAGGAAACUCAUUUUGAAGUGGCCUCUUUAUGACAUGCCCAAGAAAUCCUACGUCUUAGCAUGCUCUGCCUUAAAAGUGUACUAUCGUCAAAUUCUAAACGGACAAUUCGACAACGACUUAAAGAUAAACCCCUUGGGCAAUACAACCGAUCGCAUUAUUUUUGUAAUCCUUAACGGAGAUCAGAAUAUAAUUCAACAAAGACUACUGAAUAGAAAGGGCCAUUUCAUGCCGCCAUCACUAUUACAAUCUCAAUUUGAAACACUUGAAUUGUCGGAGAAAAGUGAACCAAACAUUUUACUAAUUGAUGUAAAUAAGAGUAUUCUGGAAAUUGCACAAGAGAUUUUAUCGCACAUAAAGAACUUUUAA